CAUAAUUUUUUUAACUUUAAAAAAAAAUCUUCAAAAUGCUUGAGCUCUAUUCAAAAAUCCCGACGAUUGUCCCCCCUUCCUUCGCCGUUCUUGUACUGCUCCAACAGGAUGACCCCCCGCCUCAGAAGCUCUGCAAAAGGGUCCUUGUCCUCUGCUUUUCUCCCCUGCAGAUAUCAGCUGCUCGAUUUUUGCAGGCAAAAAACAAAUUAGCCCCUUUCGAAUCAACGGUGGAGAGGGAGAGAAGGGGAAAGUCGGAGGGCCUUGGGUAGAUCUAGGGUUUUUCUUUCCUGUGUUUAGGGCUAGAAAACAGAGAGAAGGGGGGUUUCUUUGGAUUUAGGAUUUUGGAGUCUCUUUUUCGGGUUUCGGGAGGAGCAAAGGAGAGCGAGAACAGCGAAUCCCCCGCAAGAUUCCGGCUACGUUUCUUGCUUGCCUAGCUAGGUAACUUCCAGAUCCGAGCACGUAAGGCGCGUCUUCGGGUUUUGUCCCCCGAGACUACUGCAAAACGGUGUACACGGAAGCAUGACGACCUGCAAAGCGCCUUUUACUUGUAUGUUCAUUUUUGUUGUAGAUCUGUGUUCAUUUUUGUUGUAGAUCUGUGGAUUUGGAUAAUUUUGUUGAUGGAUUUUCAAUUGAAUGUACUGUGUUUUUUUUUUUUUUUUUUAACAGGAGGAAAUACAGUGUUAGGUUAGUAUUGUUCGAGGAAAGUCGAGUCUGAAACUCCACUUGCGGACUGAAAUGCUUUCCACCUGCUUCUCACUUUGGAGAAGCGAGGCUGCCAUUGCAGCCACAUGGGGAAUGCGAAUGUACUGUGGGUUUGAAAAUCUCGAUUAUAUAUGAUAAUUAAAUCUCAGGUUAUUU